AUGUCAGAAACUAUCAUCUGGGUGGCCAUUGUGCUUGUUGUGGUAGCUCGAGCGUUGAAGUGGGUUUCGCAUUAUCGCGACACUGUGGUAGAUGCAAUUUGGUCGAAGCCAGCAGCUCUAAAACUGCAAGACAUAGCUCGCAGACGACACAGCCUGCAACAACAGCAGAGGUCGAUCAGUGCACAAGACGAAUACGCCAAGUGGACGAAACUAAAUCGACAGAUUGCACAGCUCGACGGACAACUGGGUGUGGCGCAGGCGGAACUGAAACAGACACGCCAGGCGGGCGAGAAGGCUCUGUCGAGACUGCGGUUGGUGGUACUCACAGCGCCGCUGUUGUUACUGCGUUUUUGGAAGGGCAAAGUGUCAGUGUUUAGCUUGCCACAGGGAAUGUUUCCUCGAGCAGUGGAGACGAUUAUGUCACAGGGGUGGGCGGCAAUAGCAAUGGCACCAGCACGGUACGUAUGGGCGCCCGGGCCCAUGAAACCUUUGCAGCUGGAGACACCAGUGUGCUUAGGAAUAUUGAUAUGGGCUCUAAGUCGCGUUCUCGAUACACUGGAGUUUGUCGCGGCAAGCUUGGCUGUAUGA